GCAGCUGGUGAUAAGGGCCUCUCUCCCUUAUCAUUCUGACUCUCUCAGUUUCUACCACCUCUUUCUCCAGCCUGUUUACUUCUGGAUCCUAGAACCUCCGGCUCACUUUCACUCCCUGCCUUGCCAUGGAUCUGAAGAAGUGUACCCGCUAUGUGGGGCUCUCCCUUAUAUCUCUUUCCCUAGUCUGCAUCGUGGCAAAUUCCCUCCUACUGGUGCCUGAUGGGAAGACCUGGAGCAGUGACCAACUCAGCUUGCAUGUCUUGCUCCUGCCUGGCUUCAUCGGCGGGGGAUUGAUGGUGCUGUGGCCGGGAAUCGUAGCAGCUCUGGCAGCGGUUGCACAUCCAGACUGGAUUCCACAUUCCUUCUUGUGCUCGAUCUUCGGAAUGCUUGGUGCCAUCUACUGCCUCUCCGUGUCAGGAGUCGGCCUCAGAAUUGGACCCAAAUGCUUCAUAAACGGCGAGUGGGACUACCACUUCCAAGAACCCGAAGGCGCUUACUUGAAGUACAAUGCUUACUGGAAUUUGUGCGAGGAGCCACUCACAGUGGUGCCCUGGAAUGUGACGCUGCUCUCGUUGCUGGUGGUUGCCUCCUGCCUGGAGAUCGUACUGUGUGGCGUGUACCUGGGCUCUCUGCUCACUGAGCCUCCACUGACUGCCAAGUUAUACCUGCUUUCUCCUGGACCCCUUCCCUGGCCCGCCCACUCCCUGGCUCACUGGAAUAAAAGGGAUGUUUUUCUUUUCCUCUACCUCUCCCCCUCCCUAACCUGGGGGAAUGGGGGUGAGGGGAAGUACUUGUCUGCCGGAGGUUCUAGGAAGUGAAUAUCUCCCAAAUUAACAAGUAAAUCCUAACACACUAUCUGGACUCCUGGGACACCCCCCACCCCAAUCAAGGCACACUUGGAAUGUAGCCCUUUGAAGAGCCUCUUAAAAGCCCUCUGUUUUCCCUGAUGGGCAGUUCAUAGCCUCUGGGACAGGACUCCCCUGUGUUUCUCCUUCACUAGCA